AUGCCGCCAACAGUACCGCCUGUGGUGGACGAGACGGGGGCGUUCCGUGAGCUCCUUAAAUCACAGGCUGCCUCACCGACAAAUGGGCCCAAAAAUCAUGAAAUGGACCCUGCCAUGGUCAAGCAGCGCGAGGCAGCGUCAUUAUGGACGAAUGAAGCUUAUACGGUCAGGCGGCACAUCGUCUCCCUGUUCAACUUUUUGAGUAUGAUUCGACGUCCCUACUUAAAUGUGACAUCGAAAGGAAAACGAUCAACUGGCUCAGAAACAAAUGAUAUCAAUAGUGCUAAUACUUCUCAAGAUGCAUUUUCUAAGUGGCAGCACAACACAUCAUUGACAGAAGCGGAACGCGACGAAGUGGACUUUCAAGUCAAACUGGUGGUAAAACAAUGUCUAGAUCGCGUCCAGGAGCUUGAGCAUGGCGAAACUUUGCGGUUUAAUGCCCUGGAGAAAGCGCUAACUCGGGCGGGUAUUACAUCUCUUUCUCCCUUGAACCUGCUGCAGAACAGCUCCUUGAAUAAGCAGCGAGCGGCAUCCAAUGCACUUCAUGCCCAUCAUAUGGCAAUCACGCAGUACCUCUCCGAGCAACUAGCUCAUGCGUCUUCUGUUCAGGCAAUGUUGCAACAGCGACGCGUAGCCGCUCAAAGGCAGCGCUACGAGAAUCUAGCGGACAGUGCCAAAGUUUCCUCGCACAAUUCACAGGCUGGUUUCUCUGAAGAGAUCUUGCGGGGCAGCAUUGGCACCAUGGGUGAUCGCGGCGUAGAUGUCGCAGAUGAACUGUCUCAGGAGCAAUUGCAUAUGUUUGAAGAGGAAGCCUCAGCCCUUGUCGAGUCACUUCAAGCAGAUCUGGCUGCUGUUCAGCAUGCAGAGCAGCAACUGCAGGAUAUUUCUGCGCUACAAACCCGUAUUGUUCAGCACCUGCAAGAACAGAACGAGCAUAUUGAUACCCUAUUGACAGAGGCUGGUAGCCAUGACUUGGACUAA